AAGGUUAUUUCAAUAUUUUAAACUUGUUUCUCAAUCACCAGGAAAAAACUGCUAAAAAAUCUCUCAUACUUUGAUAUCCAGCACCUCAACUCGUGCGAUUAGUCUCAUUUUACAUGUUGAACAGUGAAUUACAUUCUUAGUGAGAUUUUUGUUGCAAAUAUUCUAGAAUGAAGUUCUUUUAUCUUAUUGUAGUUCUUGCAAAUGCAUUGCCGUCUUUUGGACGAAUUCCAAUGGGGAAUUGCGAUCGCAAUGCUCAUUUCUUUGAAUUUGUUAGUCCCGAAAUUGGAUGGGUUGGAAUUGGUGCUGUAAAUUUGGGCGAUAGAGAUCGCCUGGAUAAUAUAACCGUUUCCGUAAAGAUGGAAGUUCCAAAUCUCGAAGAUCAACUAUAUUUGGGUGAAAUAAGAAAGCUCUACUUUACAAGAGCAAAGACAUCCAAUUCCGUUCCAAAACAUUCCCUUUUUUACGAAAUACGUCUACCUGCUGAUAAUCCACUGCCUAAUAUAGUUUCCGUAGUUAUAGACGGUUUUGAAUUGUGCAAAAAUCCUGUACAAAGUGAUGAGUCGACAAAGAUUCAUUUGGGAUACAUCUUCAAUUCUUUUCUAAACACUGAAAAGAAGUUUAGUCAAAUAAUUCACAUUCCUAAGGAAGAGGCAAAACCAGAAAAUGUAGAAAAUAAGGAAAUUAGUAAUCUCAAACCUGACGGAAAAAUCGAAUGUGGUAGAAUAGGAAAUGUGGAGAAUGUGGUUUCUUUGGUCUUGGGUGGGAAGAGCUACCCAAGAGGAGCAUGGCCAUGGCUUAUAUCCAUUUAUGCUUACUACGGCCCAAGACUUGGAUUUCAGUGUGGAGGAACCCUCAUUUCCGACACACUCAUCCUAACUGCUGCUCAUUGCUUCUUCGACAACUACAAUCGGCAAUUAGACAUUCGAGACAUUGUCGUUAUAUUGGGGCAGUACAAUCUCAAACGACCCCAGGAUCAGGGUACACAGAUUGUCUAUCCAGACACGGUGAACAUCCAUCCAUCCUACCGCAAGCGGAAUAGCGUUGAUAAUGAUAUUGCCGUGAUAGUUUUGCCACAAGCAGUGCAAUUUACGACUUUCAUUCGUCCCGCAUGCCUCUGGCAGGAGCCAGCUUCUAAAGAUAGCAUCAUAGGUCUCAUGGGAACUACAGCUGGAUGGGGUCGUGAUGAACAUGGAAACUUCUUUACGGAAAUUCCCAAAAAAGUUGAAAUCCCCGUUGUGUCUGAUGAGGUGUGUCUGAGAUCACAUGAGGCAUUUUCGAAAAUCACCACGGAGAAUACUUUUUGUGCAGGAUGGCGAAAUGGCACAGACGGUCCUUGCAAUGGGGAUUCCGGUGGUGGACUUAUAUUUAACAGGGAUGAUCAUUGGUUUAUUCGAGGAGUUGUUUCGACCUCUCUAUCGGACAAGAAAUCAUUAGCAUGUGAUCAAAAUGAAUAUGUAGUCUUUACAGACAUUAUCCCAUACUUAACAUGGAUUAAGUCUUUCUCAAAAAAUCCUGAUUUACUUUAGUAAUGUAUCGAUUUAUUCUCAUACCUCUCAGACAGAUUCAGACAUAAUUAAUAAAGACUUAAAUAUUACAUGUUUAAUUCCUCUGGCAUUAACCGUCUAGACAGGUGAUCUAUCUAGUAAUAAAACGUUUAUUUUAUGCUUUACUUUUUUUUUUUUAAAAAAAUUGAAAAUGUUAAAAUAUAAUGAAAAAAAAAUGAGCUGUGGUCUGUUCAAAAUAUAUUUCAUUCACUUUUCAAUAAAAAAUUCUUUUAGAUUAAUUCCAAGAAAUAUGUAUCACGUCAUUAAUCUACGCUCAAUAAACGUAUUUUUUUCAAUAACUGAAAUAUUUUUAAAAUAAUUAUUUUCUUACUAAUUUACGAGGUAAAUUGUCGCUUCGCUCCAAUUUACCUCGCCCCGCUUCGCGGGGAUUUGUUACGCUUCGCGAAAAUUUUAGUGAGAAAAAAAUUUUGAUGGUUUGAUGGUAAAUUGUCGCUUCGCUCCAAUUUACCUCGCCCCGCUUCGCGGGGAUUUGUUACGCUUCGCGAAAAUUUUAGUGAGAAAAAAUUUUGAUGGUUUAAAGGUAGAUUAUGACCACUUAUCAAUCCCAAAAGAAAAAAAAUAGCAAAGAGAAGAAAUCAUUUUCAUACAACACUUUAGGCGCCAAAUUCAAAAAUUUGCAAAAACUGCAUGAAAUCUCUAUGGGGGCUACCUGAAGGGGGGCUUUGGGGGGAAAAUGGAUACGGCCAUCUGAAACCGCCUGUUAUAAGGAGCCUCUGUACCAAAUUUCAUCGCGAUGGGUUAAACGGUGUGGAUUUGUAUAGAAAAGUCGGAACGACGAUUACCAACAAACAGGCCUUUCUUUAUUAUAUAGAUGGGAAGCUCUCAUCGAACGAAAAAGAAAAAAUUUGCAAUGAGGAGAAAUCAUUUUCAUACAAAAUUUCAGGCGCCAAAUUCAAAAAUUGGCAAACACUGCAUGAAAUCUCUAUGGGGGCUACCUGAAGGGGGGCUUUGGGGGGAAAAUGAAUACGGCCAUCUGAAACGGCCUGUUAUAAGGGGCCUCUGUACCAAAUUUCAUCGCAAUCGGACAAACGGUGUGAAUUUGUAUAAAAAAGUCGGAACGACGAUUACCAACAAACAGGCCUUUCUUUAUUUUAUAUAGACUAGAUAAGAAAAUUUCUUUACUAACAAUUCAAUUCGAUGUGAUCACAUAGUUUUUGUUUCAGUUAUAACUAUGGUGAUAAUGAUACAUUUUAUUGCCUUUUUUUUCCUGAAAUUAAUUUGUAGGACAGCUUUUCUUUUUUAUUCUUUUUUUGGAAAUAAUCUGGAUUGGUGAGAGAUAUAAUUCUAUUGUAAUUUGUGAUUAUUCUGGACUCAGAUGGCUUAACAGCUGCAAAGCUUUGCCAUUCUUAUCCUGGAUUCCUUCGCAUUUGUUUAUUUUUGUAAAAUUAUAUUCUAUGUAAAAGGAUUCCAGUUGAAAUAAAUAUAAUCUAAUCUAAAAAAAUCUUUAUUUUAUAUUUUUUUACAUAAAAAAAUUAUUACGAUAAGAACGAUUAAGAAGGAGAUUUUAAAUAAAUAAAAAUUAUUGUAGUAGCAUAACGAAAUGUAUUCAAUAAAAUAAAAAAUAAAGUAAAUGUAUCAUGACAAAUUUGCACAUAUACCGGCAUAUAAUGUUGAAUAUGUGUGCAUAAGACGUUACGAACGACGAAACGACUUUUGUAUUAUCUUUGGGGAAUUCCAUCGGAAAAAUAUACGUACUACAUAAAAGCAAAGCAAUGGGAUUGAAACUGGUUAUAGCAGAUUCUCAAAUUUGUAUGUUGGAGAUGUUUAUUCAUUUCAUUCUCCUUCAGUAUCUACUUAGACCCAGAGUUAACAACCACUCAGUUUACUUGUUUUGCGCUAAAGUAUAAAAGUUUCAAUGUAUUUACUAACAAGUCUCACGAUAUUGAGCUUAGUUUUUUCGGGGUUUUCACAAACUAUAAAGCAUCCAGCCUGUCCCGACUCAGGAUUUAAAUAUGUUUAUCUCAACGAGAAACAUGAAUGGGUUGGACUAGGAUGGGCUUGGACUUCCUAUGAAAAUACUUUGAAUAAUAUUAAAUUGCACGUGGAAUUUGCAACGGCUGAAUUACCGGAUACAACGAAUUUAGGGACAAUUAAAGUUUUGAAUUUCUAUCCUGUGAAGAAUCCGGAUGCAAAGAAAGAAUGGACUAUUGUCUACGAAGUUAAAUUCCCAAUUCAAGAUCCUCUGCCGAAUGUUACCAAAAUUGUGUGGAAUGAUCAAAUCAUUUGCUACGAUCCUUUAAAUGCCUUCACAGAAGAGAAACCACAUUUAGUUAAAAUGAAACUGAAAUAUAAUGAUUAUUUGGAAGAGCAAGCAUUUACCACUGAAUUACUUACAAAACCCGAUCCUGAGACUGAAAAUUACAACAAAGAAGACGCAGACAGUGCAGUUGGUGCAAAUAGUGGUUCCAAUAAAUUCAAAACAUACCUUCACCCAGCAUGUCCUGAUUCUGGAUUGAAAUUCGUACAUAUAAAUCAAAAUGAAUGGAUUGGCGUAGGUUGGGCUUGGACUAAGGAAGAAUCUAGAUUUAAUAAUUUAGUUCUAGAAAUUGAAUUGGCUUCCCCGGCAUUGGAGAAUACCACUGAUUUGGGAUCCUUAAAAGUUUUGAAUUUCUAUCCUGUGAGAAAUCCGAAAAAUGAAUCAACUUGGAAUAUAGUUUAUGAAGUAAGAUUCGCCACUCAGGAUCCACUUCCAGAUGUAACAAAAAUUGUGUGGAAUGAUCAGACUAUUUGUUAUGAUCCUA